AUGUCAUUAUCAAGUCUUUCGGUUUUUCACUGGUUUCUCAAGUUCCUCAGCACCGAUACGACCCCCCAGUCGAAUCCGCCCACUAUAAGCAAAGUCUCCAGGCCUGCUUUCAGCGAGUUGCCUGUGCGCAAAGGGGACCCCAAGGGUUCCGCCUGGCAGUUAUGGGGUAUAAAUGAUGAGCUUGGGUCGUUGAAUCUAAUCACAGAAGAGGUCAGCCAGGCCGCCGCGGGGGAGGUGACUCGAGGAAAGUCGAUCAAUUUGAAUCUACCACUAGACGUCCCUCUCAAACCGAUGAAUCCCCGGCGGAAGCCCUGUGUGCAUACCUUGGUCCCGAAAGGCCAUGCAAACGACGACGAGCUCGACUUCAACACGCAAAGUUCCAGCCACUGGGACGGACUCCGACAUUUUCCCUACAAGGAAACGGGCCAGUUCUACAAUGGAGUGACACAGGAUGAGAUCAUGACGACGAAAAAGAUUGGGAUUCAGAAUCUGGCGACAAAUCCAAUAGUUAGCCGGGGAGUCUUACUCGACUGGUAUUCUUACGCUCAAAAGAACGACCUCGCGCACUCACCUUUCACCAACCAAGCGAUCCCACUCGAACAGUUACUCCAGGUCGCCCGCGAGCAACGCGUGACCUUCCGGCGUGGAGACAUCCUCAUCAUCCGCACAGGGUGGACAGCCGCAUAUUCCAAACUAACAACAGAGGAAAAAGAGCGGCUUGGCGGUCGAGAUGAUCGCGCAUCCAUCGGAGUCGAAGCUAGUGAAGAAGCCUUCAGAUGGCAUUGGGAGCAGCAAUUCGCAGCCGUGGCGAGUGACACGGUCGCGUAUGAGGCGUGGCCGUCGCCCAAACCAUGGGGGGUGUGUAUGCAUGAGGUUCUGCUUAGUGGGUGGGGGAUGCCUAUUGGAGAGUGCUGGGACUUGGAGCAGCUGAGCGAGAUCUGUAGGCAGCUGAAUCGGUGGACAUUCUUGUUGACGAGUCAGCCGUUGAAUUUGCCGGGGGGUGUUGCGAGUCCGCCAAAUGCGACAGCGGUCUUUUAG